AUGAGAAAUUUAUUAUACAAGUUUACAAAUGCGGAUCAAAAAGAACUAGAAAGUUUGUUAGCACAUGGGUUUUAUUCUGCUGGUAUUUCAUUUAAUAUUUUAGAAAAUGAUGAUAUAAAAGCUUUUUUUUUAAAGGCAUUACCAUACUUUAAAUUGCCUACACGUUAUUUUCUUUCAAACUCUCUUCUUACUAAAGAGUAUUCUGGUUUAAACACUGAUGCGCCAAUUGAAAGAGAGCUUAUACGUCUUGCUGGACCAGAAAAUAAAGACCAAGUUUUAGAAGAACUUUCAGAAUAUGUAGGAAAAACUGGUGGAUUUUCAGCUAAUUAUUUAUGGGCAACAUCGGCUUCCUCUGAACGAAACUGGUCAUCAUUUAAUUUUGUCCACUCAAAAUUACGUAAUCGCUUACAUAAUCCACGUGUAGAAAAAAUAGUAUAUAUUUACUGGAAUCUUCAAAUUUUACAUUCUUUAAAGUGGUCACUUUCAGUUAAAGAAUUAAGAAAUAGUAGCAAUUUAAUUGAAGACAACGUAGUUAAUUUAAAAUUAAAUGAAACCAACUCAGUUGAGGAAAAUAAUAUAGAUGAUUCUUUAUCUGAUAGUCCGUUAUAUAUAGAUAGUAUGGAUUAUGCCGACGAAAUUGACGAUAAAUAG